GCACUCACGCCCACUGCAAUAACAAAUGCUUAGAUUUGUUAGGGGCUUCGCAAAGAUGACGAGCUCUACUCCUGUCGAAGACACAAUCCGCCGAAAGCUUACCGUCGCUCUCUCUCCGAUAACCCUACAAAUUUAUAACGACUCCGAUAAGCAUGCUCAUCAUAAGGCCAUGGAAGGUGUCACUUCUAAGGAGACUCACUUUCGCCUUCUCAUCACCUCCGCCGAAUUCACAGGAAAACCUCAGCUUGCCCGACACAGGAUGGUAAAUGCUUUGCUCAAGGAAGAGUUGGAGCGUGAGGGUGGAAUUCAUGCGUUGCAAUUGAGAACUUUGAAUCCGGAGGAGGAAGAGAAGCUAAAUAAGAAGGUGGAAGAGGGUGUAGUGGGAUGAUUUAGGCUUAGUCUAGAUAGGAGGAUCGCCAUUACCCAGGCCACAAAAUCAUGUUGCUCUCUUGGUUGCUGGGAAAAAUGGAGAAGCUUGGUGGCCUGGGUUUGGGAGGGAGGGGAGCGCGGUACAGUACUGUAAACUGGCAAAGCAUUAAAGGUGGAUACCAACUUGUGUGUCUAGGCAAUUGACCCGUUCAAUGGCUCCAAGAAGGACUAGGGGGAUCUGAAAAUAUUGAGCGAAUAGCUCGGUGCUAUUAUCUAUGGGAAGGAUUGUUCGGGAAGUUGGAGAUAGGGAAGGUGGGCGAACGUGAUAGAUUACUGAUUCUCUUAAUUAAUAUUAUGUACAGUACGAGUGAG